CGAAAUAAACGGAGUCUGAGUUCUAGAAGUCAAUUUGAGACUUUACCGGCGGUUGGCCUUCUCUGUCCUUGACGAAUGAGCCCGCCAUCCCUUUUCCUGCUCGAUCGAUUGUUGUAACUCUCAAGAAGGUCGAUCCGAGUUCAUCCUCCGUCUGUUUCCCCCAGAUUGUAACAUAUUGUAUACUAUUAUUGGGGGUCUCUUUACGGAGUUCGUUUUCAAGCUUCUAACAAGUCAUGAGCUUCCUCGUGCCAACGCAACGAGGCCUUGAACAUGUAACCCAGCCCAUGGGCGACUUCUCUUCCAUACAUAACCAGCCAAACAGAUCCCAUCUACCCCUUUCAUCCUUGGAAGGGUAUCCUCACCAGGGCAUGUCCGCCCUCUCCACUUCAACGUCCUUUCCACCCUUUGCCGACAUUUCCAUGUCUCAAACUUUGCCAAAGGUUGGGGAGACCCGAUGCUACUGGUCGUUAUUAUCGUCCGAUUUAGAUUUCGUCUAUCUGGAUCCUGUUCUUGCCAGUCAUCUCGAAAACCAAGCCGACUUGCUCAUUGGCAAGUCUCUCCUAUCCUUCGUUCACCCUGAAGAGCAAGCCACUGCGCGAGCAGAUCUCGCAGAAGCUCUCGAACAAAGGACGAUGCACGGUAGUGUAACCAGGGUCAGGUAUUGCCGCCUCUCUCGCAUUCGCCGCAUCCUCGGUCACCAAGGGCCUUCUCAUCCGUGGCCUGAUGGUGACAAGAUUUCGGUCGAUGCUUACUACAUGGUCGUCGACAUUGUUAUUAACUGGGCUGCAGAGGGCCUCGUGCUGUGCUUUAUCCACGCAGUCGUUGAUCUCGAACCUGGUGACAACGAUGAACAUCACAGAACUCCAUGGACAAAUUGGUGUGGCACGCCGUCCAUGCGCCCGGAACAGAUAUCUCUGUUGCAACAGCGGCUUCUAUAUUACUUACCUCAAUCGACUGCCACGACUAGGGUAUUCCAGAUCUUGCUCAACUCUAAUUACAGUCAGCAAGACUGUCGUCUUCUGCUGAGCUGGCCGUCGGACAGUAACCAAGAAUACCCUGGUACGCCAGGAGCAAAAGACUUUGCAAGGCGAGCAGUGGGCAUUCAGACCUCCACUCGGGAUAACAGUGCGAAGACAAGUUGCACGAGACGUUGGAGAAUUCAAGAUACAAUGCCUGGAUUAGGCGAAGUGGAAAGCGUGUUUAUCCCUCAUGGUUCAAUAACGUUUGCAUGCCACACCAUUCAGCACCCUGCUUCGCGGAGCUUGUCUGUCUCUUAUUCUCAGUCUCAGCCGUUCACGAGGCAAACAGACGCCUACAUGCCUGCACACAGCCAACAUCACCCCUAUGACCUGUCGGCAAGCUCGUACACACUCCCGCCAGUUUCUACCUCAAUGCCACAAUCUUACGGGCACUACACACCGUCUUUAACGUCCCAAUACUCUCAUUCGCCGUGGGGAAGUUACUCGGAGCCUUCUUCCUCGCUUUCCCAGUUCAACAGGUGGCCUGCUCAAAGUCCUGCCCAUUCGAUGGCAUCCCUCCCAUCGGCUUCAUGCACCAUGCGCGAGUCGCCUUACUCGAGGCCAUCGCCGUCCCCGAUUUAUGGCGAGAGCAGAACGUCUUUAAGUAACUAUCAAGCUACACCUAGUCCUGAGGACUACAGUACCAAGGCAGGCUUCGAGGCCUUUGACACCGGUAUACCGCCUGUACCUUGUGGUACCGAUGUUGUGCCUCCUCCCAGGCAUCGGGUAAGCCCCGGAACACAUAGAGACUCCCUGCCGCGUACUACCAACAAUCGCCCUAUCGGCGUUCUGAAAUGCAGUAGUUGCAAGGCAACUUCCAGUCCCGAGUGGAGGAAGGGCCCCAGUGGCAGGAAGGAGCUGUGUAACGCAUGUGGCUUACGCUACGCCCGUUCUCGUGCAAAGAAGGAAGGGCACGUGGUGUCGACACAGCGUCGGAAGAAAGACAAAACCGGAGCCGUUGGGGCUAAUGAGGAGUCUGCGGUGCCGUCUACUCCUCCGAUACCUAUUGCCGGUGCCGCUUCAGCGACCCGUUGCGGGGGUCUUGAAGGGACCUCAUUCGUUUCCACAUCGUCUGCUGGGUCUGGAUCUGGUAGUGACGUUUAUUCUCAACCAAGCCCUGUAGCACCGGAAGAUAACCGACCUUCACCAUCACCUCCGUUGCCUGGUCUCAACUUUGUCCAUUAUCAUCCGUCUCAGCCGUCCUCAGGACCGCCUCAUCAACCACGAGUUGAUGGUCGUUCUCCGUUCUCUUAUCACGCGGGGAGCCAUUUCCAACCCUCCCCAUCUCCGUUAUCUUCGGGUCAGCUGACUCUCCGUCCACCACGAGGGCAAGAAGAAGUGCCUGUCUCGUCUCGCAGCGGAUCGUAUCACCCUUAUCCCUCGCCCCCAUUAAAUUCUACCGUUUUUGAACGGGCAAAACCGCAGGAUCGUCACCUGUCUUCACUGACUCCCUCUCCGGAGCGUAGUAGAUUCAGGUGACCACGCCUCGUUAAUUCGAACAAGCUGGCUCGCGCGUUUUGUGACACCUUGGCCUUGUUUUUGUGAAAUGUUGCGUUUCAAUUUUUUUAAUGUUUCCGGUUUCUUUCUUUCGGCCAAUGGUGCUUGCACUUCCUUGCCUAAAAUAUCUAUUGUGCAAUUCGUCUGGUUGUUCCCUUCGGACUUACAUAGUGCAACCAACACAUGGAUACAUGCCUUGUGUAGUUUUAUCGUAGUGGACAUGCUAAUUUGAAUGAGGUCAUGAGAUCAACGGAGACUUUGCGUGUUGUAGGACUCUCGAUUGUGC